AUGUCGCUAAAACGCACCCUUUUCAUCACCUUACUGGCCCUUUCUCUACUUGUAUUCAAUAUUCACGCAUCCCCCGUACGUCGAGAUGUUGGCAAAAUAGUGAGCGUUACCUUACAAAAUCUCGAUGCUACAAUUACAUUCGAACAA